CUCCAUUUUAAACGCAGAUCCCCAUUAUCCCUAUCACAUUUGAGUGGCCUAUGCUUCCUACGGUGGCAGCUCCACUUGCCUCUCCUCUCAUCCCUUCCUUCUCUGACUCACUAAAAUAAUUGUAGAAUCCACUGCUGCCUGAUGCUGCCCCCUCACUGUUCCCUUGUCGUUGUUUGCCAUCUAAUUAAUGCCAUGACAUCUGUUCCAAUGCAUGCCUUCUUUUUAUUUCUUUUCUGUGCCAUAAUCCUAGCCACCAUUCCCGUUGGUAUUUGUUAUUGGGGUUGAGAGGGCAUCUUUCGAGGAUAUUAGGUGCACAUGGCCAUAGUGUUUGAACUGGAAUCCACCUUUUGAUGCUCGACUAACGAUCCAUCUUACACUAUAUAAGCCAAACCUUGACUCAUUUGCAACAUGACUCCCAUCUCUUCCUCCAUUCCAGUUGUUUAGCUUUCUACUUCUUUUUUCAUAUCGUCUUUUCUUGAGAUAACAAGAUGGCAUCCAUGUCUAAUGAGAGCUGGAACCGCAACCUGGAGGAGAAGGACCUAGAAAGGCUGGGGGUGCCGGAGCUCGAUGGCGCCCUUCUCAUGGAAUUGCUGGAGGAGUCGGACGCCGACGAGGCCGAGGAUGACCGGCUAAGAUUCGUCAUGCGAUCUCUGGAAGCGGAGAUCGGCCAUGUCGGUCCGACGAUGAUCAGUGAUGGUGAAUCCACCACCGGUCCUCAUGAUGACAGCGAAGAUGGUGGAUUGGAGGAUAUACUGUCGAAUUUCGAUAGCUCUGAUGGUUCGAGAUCGCCAGCAUACCUUAUGGAGGACCCGUUUGACUUGGUGGACAUGGAGGUGGGUGAUGGCAUAGGGGGUUGGUGCACGGAGGGUGAGACGGGUGGCGGUGGGAUGGUUGGGUAUGGAGAGCCAGGACAGUACGGUGGCUUUUACCAUGGGGAGGGCACCAUGGAACAAGUCUACAGCCCUCUAUGGCUCUGAAUUUAAUCUUGUGCGAUCUAGUUCUAUAAAAUUACUUCUCAUAAAUACUUGUCAAAUUUAUGAUUAUAAGUCCUCCAUUUAAUGAUGAAAUAUAUUAAUUUUUAUGUC